AUGGUGAUAACUGCUCAGUUACAGAUCUUACAAUCUCCAAUUACUUCUUUGAUUUCAUCUGUUUCCAGUUCGGUUAAUGUGAAAUUGGAUGAGACGAACUAUUUAGCUUGGCAUUUCCAAAUGCAGCUCAUGCUUAAAGGUCAUAGCAUAAUUGGUUUUGUUGAUGGUUUAAUGUCCUGUCCUGCUCAAUUCAGUCAAGAUUCCUCUGAUGGUUCAGCAAUUUUGUCUGGUGAUUCUUUUACAAGGGUUCCAACUGAUGAUUACAAGAUAUGGAAGAUGCAUGAUAAAGCGUUGAUGCAAUUAAUUACUGCAACCUUGUCUCCUGCUGCAGUUUCUUGUAAAAUUAAAGAAGCAAGAGAUUUAUUGUCUGCUGUUGGUGUAUUUUUUGAUGAUGACGACAUUGUGAUUCUUACGUUAAAUGGGCUGCCUGCUGAAUUCAAUACCAUAAGAUCUAUGAUUAAGGGCCGUGAAACUGUGAUAUCACUGAAAGAUCUUCGAUCUCAGUUACUUGCUGAAGAAAAUUUACUUGAGAAAGGCUCUAAUUCACCUGUGUUAUCUGCAUUCAUGGCACAAAGUAAUAGUUUUCCUUCAAAGAAUCAGUCUUUCUCUAGUUUUGGUACUACUCAUGGCAGUUCUAAUUCUACUGGCUACAAGGCAUUCAACUACAACAAUAAGGGUAGAAAUCGGUUCAAUUCCAACUUUACUUCGAAGUUUGGCAACAACAAAAUUUUUCAACCGAACCAUGCUCCUGGAAUUCUUGGUACAUCUCCACCAAGGGCUCAAAACUAUGGUGUUCACAAUCAACCAUGUUAG